AACCCCGUCGCUAUGCUGGCAAAUAAUUUUGUGUUAGUUACUUAGCUAUGCCAACUACGCGACCUAACCAACUGUAGGUGUAAGCAGCUUUAAAAUUAACUGGAAUUCUCCAACUGUCGAUAUACUUGGUUAUUUAAGUUUUGUUCAAAUUACUGGACUGAAAGCUAGUUUUUUAACUUCUCGUGCCGCCUAUAAGAACAAAACGCUAGCGUUAGCUUGCUACAUAGAGCUAGCUAAGAAAAAUAGAACUGUGUGACGUGGAAAAACGUUUAGGUUGCCAAAUUUAGCCAAAGCUAGCUACUCCCUUAAUGAAAACGCUUAAAUUAUGGCAUGAUCAACAGGUUUUUUGCGAGAUAAAUGAGAGAUUCUACCAAGUUAUCUGGCUAAAUCUGGGAGAAAACCGCAAGAGCCGCGUCUAGCUGGUAGUUGGUUGUUAUAGUCAGGGAUGUUUUUGAAGCAAAAUCUUUGAAUCAGCUGUUUUGUUUGUAGCUAGGAAUUUUGGCUAACUGAUGCAAAAAUGGGGCCAUAUGCACAAGUGUCGUAACUGUUAGCAAAAAUGUAUGCCUGUGUACAGAAUUGGAUUGUUAGACUGUGUCUACUAUAGCUAGUUAGCACCUAUGGCUGAGCUGUAAUGCAGGAGUUGUUAACACAACACGAAUAGCUAACCGUAACGUUUGAUGUGUUUGAACAGACGUGGGUCACAGUGUAGGGGAAUGUUGGUCUUCGGAAACACUCGACGUUGCGCUGUGGACCAGGGACGAGGACAGUCCGUGCAGGAUAUGAAAUAGACGUGCAGAGCUGCAGUCCGGCGGCAGGAUGAAGCUGAACGAGCGUAGCGUCGCCCACUACGCCACCUGCGACUCGCCGCCCGACAAGACGGGCUUCCUGUUCAAGAAGGGCGAGCGGAACACGGCGUACCACCGGCGCUGGUUCAUCCUGAAGGGGAACAUGCUCUUCUACUUCGAGGACCGGGAGAGCCGGGAGCCCAUCGGCGUCAUCGUGCUGGAGGGCUGCACCGUGGAGCUGUGCGAGUCGGCGGAGGAGUACGCCUUCGCCGUCCGCUUCGACUGCGCCCGCGCCCGCGUCUACAAGAUGGCGGCGGACAGCCAGGCGGCCAUGGAGUCGUGGGUGAAGGCGCUGUCUCGCGCCAGCUUCGACUACAUGCGGCUGGUGGUGCGGGAGCUGGAGCGGCAGCUGGAGGAGCUGCAGGACGGCGCGGGGGCGGGGCCUCUGCAGGGGCGGGGCAAGGCGGGCAGGAAGCAGCCGGGCGGCCGCGCCAAACCCCCCCACGCCCACGCCCAUGCCCCCGCGGCCUACGCGCGGCCCCCCCAGACGGAGGAGGCGCAGCCGCCGCCGCCCCCACUGCCGGGGGGUGCGCGGGAGAACGGGGUGGCCUGGAGCAGGCCCGGGCCCCCGCCCAACGGCCGCGAGAGCCCCCCGGCCCCCCCCCUCUGGGACGGGAGCGAGGGCAGCGACGGGGUCAGGCCGCCCCCCGUGCCCCCGCGCCGGAGGAGCGCGGAGGGUGGCUCCGCCUCCUCUCUGGAGAGCCCCGUCUCCCCGGACACCGUGUGCUUCGCCAAACUCCACAGGUGGUACGGGAGGGAGGUGGAGCUGCUCAGGAAGGAGUGGCAACAGAGCCAGUGAGGAUCAGAGACUCUUACACACACACACACACACACACACAUGCGCACGCAUGCACUCGCACACACACACACACCACCUCCCACACACGCGCACUCGCACUCACACACAUGCGCUCGCACACACACACACACCACCUCACGUGUGCACACACAUACACACCAUCGCACACACACCACAUCACACACACACACACACCAUCUCUCGCACGCACAGAUGCGCACACACAAAAUACACACAAUGCAUAUAUGCGCUUGCACAUAUGUACACAUACAUAAUGAAUAUGUGGUUAUAGAAGUAUAAGCACACAUGCACACAGACUCCUGGCAUCCUCCUCAAGGACAACCAUGGUGUGAACUGCCUGCAGCUCACCUGUACAGCAUCCAUUUCUGUGCUCAACCUGUUUUUAAUGUCUGUCUGUCCAUCUGCCCGCCUGUCUGUCCGUCGGUCUGUUUGUCUGUCCUCCUGUCCGUCCAUUCGUCUGUCUGUCUGUCUGUCUGUCUGCCAGUCGAGCUGAGCUCUUCCUUCCUCCUCUGCUCGUGGGCAGAGUCACAGGAAAAAAAAAGAACCAGUGCCGUUCUCGUCGACUCAGCACUUUGGGCUGCCUGGCGAGUUACUCUGGCUGUUAAGACUCUUUGUCACUUUGGUUUUGUCAUUUCAGUUUUUGUGCUUACGAUGUAUUUUUAACUGUGCUCUUUGCUUUACCUCGUUUUCUACAAGAAAGAAAACUGGUUACUUAAAAACAAAAAAAAUUGCAGUCAUAUAUAUAUAUAUAUAUAUAUAUAUAUAUACUGUUUAUUUUUUAUUUUUUACUGAUAUUAUUCCUGUUAUUAUGGAUCUGAGGUCCUUUUGUGACUAAAUGUAGCUCAAAAUGUCACAAUUCACAUUUUGAAUUUUGUGCGUGCUGAGAUCUUUAAAUUGUGUUUUUAUUAUUUUUUUACAAUUUUUUAAUCAGCCAGUAGGUGAGCAUGGGAUCUGCACAGGUGCAUCCGACAGGAAGAAGCUUCACUUUCAGAGGCUUUCAAAAGUGUCCAGCUGUCCAUCAGUUACAUGCGUCAGAGUAUUCUGACGGGUACGAGCCGACUGAAUAGGGUAGCAAGUGUCUGUCUUUCACCGGCUGCAUUGCCUGCGUCCUACCACUAGGGGGUGCCAUUUUGUUCUUAGGAAACGAUGAUCCUGCACCGUGACCAGGAGUCCGCAGUGGGUGCGUCACCAUUACGUUUCACUCCUCCCUUCCUUUCCUCCACUCCCCCACUACCGCUCGUCUCCCACCCGGAUGUAUGUGGAGAAAAGGAGGAGGGGAGAUGAGUUUUUAAGCCGCUUCUCCAGUACAGUUCUGUGCACUUUGCCCAUGUCCUUCCGUAUUGGGACAGUGGAGGGAGGGAGGGAGGGAGGGAGGACACAAAGAUCGGUUUCCAGAGCAUGGAGGAGAGGAGGUGGCAGUGGAGGAAAGGAGGAUAUGUUUUGGGACGCACCCUGGGACUUUGGUCCAGCAGGGGUGGGACCAGAAUUUACCCAGGGUUUCUCACAGUACAGCUGCUGCUUUCCUGCUUCUGCCUAACCGUGCAGCAGGUGUCUGUGGACUAGUACCCGCCAUCAGCGAGCGAUGUGCGUUUCCUCCCCUUACCAGUAGGUGGCACCUCACAAAUUUCUCAUUGGCCAAAAGCGGGUUGAGCCCAGGCAUUUUCUGUGGACCUCGUACGCCGAAUCCUGCAGUCACACAUUAUCUGCUGAUUAGCAGAUUAAAAUGCUUUCAUUACUUUCCUGAUUUCCCUCCCUUCCAGUACAAAAUCACAAAACCUGCCUUUUUAAAAAUGAUUCCUUGACUCCACUAUUCGCACUAGAAAGAUGCUAAACGGCAAAUUUGUGUAUGAUUUUCAUACAAUUUAAUUGCUCUCCCCAUGACCGCACCCUUAGUUGGCUGGACAUGGCACAGUAGCAUAAUUUGGUGGUUCCAAAAUGUGCAGAGAAAAAAAAAAAAAAAAAAAAUCUAAUUUAAAAAAAACGAAGUGGUGUUGUGGGCGAAUGUUGCCUCUGGCAUAUUGUGAAAAUACAUGCUGAAUGUGUUGUUGUCAAAUGUUUUUAAAAACCUGUUCUGCUUUGCCAAGGCAGCAUACGGUAGAGACCGUGGUGUGUUUUUAUGGGGCCCUCCUUGGUCUGCUAGUGUUCGCUGCGAACCCAGGAGAGACCCUGAAAUCUGUGACACCUUGAAAUCUGUGGCUCUUCCUCGUCCUGCCAAAACCGUGCGUGGUUUACCAGCAUUCAGUAUUACUAUGUGACAAGGGCUGAUGAUUUGGCCAGCAAAAUCCUCACGGAAACCUUGGGAUGGGGGGGGGGGGGGGGAGGUUGGGAGAUGGGGGAUUGGGGGGGGUUGCAUGCUUUCGGGUUUUAACUUGCGCCCACACUAUGUACUCUAUUCUGUAGUGUGGGGCUUUAUUACAGAAGAGCACUGCAGGUUUUAUUCUUAUAUCAAUGGUGAGAACUCGUCAUUAUUGGGUUCUGUUUUUAAGCACAGUUUGGGGAUGAUGCAACUGUAGAACUUGCAAGUAUAUGCAUCGCCGCACUGUUUUAAACUGUAUAAAUUCUUAAGCUCUUGUUCUCAGCAUAAAUAUCAGGUGGGACCCUAUUGUCCCUGUCGAUUGGGAUGUUUUGGUACGUGAAGUCGGGGGUGCGGAGGCGGACAUUUUGGGAUAAUGGGUGUUGGGACUCCAGUCGAAAAAACCAAACUUAAUUGAGAUGAGUUGUGUUAUAGUGUCACCAUCACUUCUGGCUUUCUGCUGAUACAGACAAAAGCUUUGAUGUGUGCAGUAGGUCACACCAGCUCUGCGGGUAAGAAAGAAUGAACCAAAUGAUGAUUUUUCUGAAUGUGGAGUUCCUCUUUAACUGGUACACGUUUGUAAAUAACCAGGAAGUGUUAAGUUGUUGGUACUGCAUUUGGAGAAGUUGAAUACUUCCCAGUCAAUGGCAUUCAGUCUGUUUGUUUUACUGGCUGUUUUUGCAACCCCUAAACUUGUAAUAUUUCUCAUGUACAUUACCCACGUAGUCUUCAGAAUGCAUUCCUCAUUUAUAUUCUUACUGUUUUUAUUCCUGGUUUUGGAGAAACCUGUUUAAAAGCUUUGACAUUGUGACCUUGUUGCCUGAGGGGGACUGGCCAAAAGAGGAGAUUGAUCACUUUAAAUCCCAAAUCUUCAGCCAAAAACAAUAGCUGUACUCGGAGUAAACCCACAUUGUGUGGUUGUCCUAGACAAGAGGAGCAGGCUUUUGAAUAUUUGGCAACUCUUGUCAGCUCUUUAUCAGCUGUUACCAAAACUGAAUAUACCUGGAUUUUUAUUUUGCCAUUGAAUCUUUUGUAACAACGUGUUUGACCAUGCAGAAGUCUUGAAAUAACUGAAAACGAAUGUGCAUCUGCCCCGAGAUUUCUGGCAACUCUCGCUGAAGUUAAAAAAAAAAAAAAAGUUUUGACAGUUUGUAAGAAGUACUGGUGAAAUAAACCGUGUCUGGCGCCAAGAAACGAGUGUCAGUAACCGGAAACCUGAAACCGAAAGACUGAAUAAACCGAAAGACCGAGUAGAUCACUGAAAUGGGUGUAACAUGGCCAUCUUCCAGGACACCGCAAUCCGUUUUCAUUUUUGAGCAUUAAAUGAAUGCGGUAAGAUUGGAGUCACUGCGGUGACUACAGUGUAUUAGUAGACAAAUAAACAAAUAUUAAACGAU